GACCUGGCGGCCGCGGCUCCGGCACCUCCGGCGGGGCUCGGCAUGAGGCUGGCGCGGCUGCUGCGCGGAGCCGCCUCGGCCGGCCCGGGCUCCGGGCUGCGCGCAGCUAGCCCCGCCGGCGCCAGCCGCAGCCUCAGCUCGGAUUCGGGCUCGGGGCCGGCGCCCGAGAGCGGCGUUCCGGGCCAGGUGGACUUCUACGCGCGCUUCUCGCCGUCCCCGCUUUCCAUGAAGCAGUUCUUGGACUUCGGAUCUAUGAAUGCUUGUGAAAAGACUUCAUUUAUGUUUCUGCGGCAAGAGCUGCCUGUUAGAUUGGCAAAUAUAAUGAAAGAAAUAAGUCUUCUUCCAGAUAACCUUCUCAGGACUCCAUCAGUUCAAUUGGUACAAAGCUGGUAUAUCCAGAGUCUUCAGGAACUUCUUGAAUUUAAAGACAAAAGUGCUGAAGAUGCUAAAACUAUUUAUGACUUUACAGAUACUGUGAUCCGGAUCAGGAACCGACACAACGAUGUUAUUCCCACGAUGGCCCAGGGUGUGAUUGAAUACAAGGAGAGCUUCGGGGUGGAUCCUGUCACCAGCCAGAAUGUUCAGUACUUUUUGGAUCGUUUCUACAUGAGUCGCAUUUCAAUUAGAAUGUUACUCAAUCAGCACUCUUUAUUGUUUGGUGGAAAAGGCAAAGGAAGCCCAGCUCAUCGAAAACACAUUGGAAGCAUAAAUCCAAACUGCAAUGUAGUUGAAGUUAUUAAAGAUGGCUAUGAAAAUGCUAGGCGUCUGUGUGAUUUGUAUUAUAUUAACUCUCCUGAACUAGAACUUGAAGAACUAAAUGCAAAAUCACCAGGACAGCCAAUACAAGUGGUUUAUGUACCAUCCCAUCUCUAUCACAUGGUGUUUGAACUUUUCAAGAAUGCAAUGAGAGCAACGAUGGAACACCAUGCUGACAAAGGUGUUUACCCUCCUAUUCAAGUCCACAUCACAUUGGGUAAUGAGGAUUUGACCGUGAAGAUGAGUGACCGAGGAGGUGGUGUUCCUUUGAGGAAAAUUGACAGACUCUUCAACUAUAUGUAUUCAACUGCACCCCGGCCUCGUGUUGAGACGUCCCGAGCAGUGCCCCUGGCUGGGUUUGGUUAUGGAUUGCCCAUAUCACGUCUUUAUGCCCAAUACUUCCAAGGAGACCUAAAGCUAUAUUCUCUAGAGGGUUAUGGGACAGAUGCAGUCAUCUACAUUAAGGCUUUGUCAACAGAAUCGAUAGAGAGACUCCCAGUGUAUAACAAAGCUGCCUGGAAACAUUACAACACCAACCAUGAGGCUGAUGACUGGUGUGUCCCCAGCAGAGAACCAAAAGACAUGACAACAUUUCGCAGUGCCUAGAUACUCUUGGAACACCUGACAAAUCCAGAUGUGGCUUUUGUAUAAAAUUUGGAAGGGAUGACGUUCAGAACUACAUUAUACCAAAUACUUCACAUGUUUUUUUUUUCAAAAUUAACUAUUUGGGUAGAACAAAUGGAAAGCGAAUUCCAUUUAUAUCUGUUAAACCUCCUAAAGAAUGAAAUUGUACCUAUUUUGCACUUAUAUUUUCACAGUUAAUUGAGCAUAUUUUUAAACAACUGCAGUUUUGGUCAACUUUCCUCUUUAUGGUAGACUUCAGAAGCAUGGGAGUUUUGGGUUUCUGCAGAAAGCUGUGUGGUUUUUAAAGAACUUUUCAUUUAUGUGUGUUGGAAACCUUUCCUUAAUGAUUCUGAGUAGCUAGUUAGCCAUCCACCUGUUUCUUGGAAUUCUGCCAUCCUUUCUUACUCUGUAAUGACAGCUGUAAUAAGAUGGUCUUCUGAUGUACCAGUGAGUAAGUAGAAAACAGUUGCCAUGUAAAUGGGGCGCUAGCCCCCUUUCAGCAUCUACAUGCAUCACCUUCACUCUGAAGUUGAUUUUUCAUUUUUUAAUUCCAUUGCAGAGGAUUGUAAUGGGUUCCCUGUGGAGCUAAGCCAAGAUCAUAAGCAAUCUACUCUGAAUGUGCUUGUGAUUAGUGCAGGGGGAAAUUUUUAUACUAAAAACAAAUUAGCAGUAGCUAAAAUUCUAGAGAAGAAAUUGAGGUGGAAGUAGUGAGUCCACAAAAUUGAACUAUUGAUUAUUGAGAUUACCUAGGGGAGCUUUUGAGAGACAGAGUUUUUUUGGGGGGGGUCUGACUCCAGACAUACAGAAUCAGACUCUCAACUGAGUCUGGGGCCCAGAAAUAUCAAUUUUUAGAAUGCUUCCCAGGUGACUCUGUUGCCUCACCUAGUUAGGAAACCACCCUUUUAAAGUGAAUGUUAUGAAGUAACAGAGAUCUUUAGGUUUUGAUUUUCACUUACUGUAAGGUCAGGCUUCUAGGCUCCAGGAGAGACCAACACUCUCAGGCCUGGUGCAAUUAAAAGCAGGUAGACAAAGUGACUGCAUGAGAACAGUCAGGUAACCGAAAAAUCAGAUCCAUAAAAGCACAAGUAUUGAUGAAGAACAUGUAUUUUAUAAGAAAUAUUUAGACUUUGUUAUCAGGAAAAAUUCAACCAGGGCUUAUCGACAAUUCUUUGCAUUCAUAUGGUGAUUUCUAGUUUACAAGUACUUUGGUGUAAUAUGAUAACUCUGCUGGGCUUUACAACAGAUGUAGAGCAGGUGGUAUCAUCCUUGUUUUGAGACUCAGAGUGUGGCCCAAGGUUGCACAGAAUUGGAGUCAGGGCUUGAGUGGUCUCUGCUGAUCACUGUUAGCUGCCAGGUCUGGGAAACGGUGAAAUUAGGAGACUAUAUUAUUAGUCAGACCUCGACUUUUAAGGUGACGGAACUAUACUGAAAAUGAAUUUUAAGGGACGCCUGGGUGGCGCAGUUGGUUAAACGACUGCCUCCGGCUCAGGGCGUGAUCCU